GAAAAUGUGAAACGUCACGCUGUUUGUGUCUUUUUUUUUUCUCUCUCUCCCCUUUGUAGAAUAGAAAGCUCCGCGCUUGUUCGCCGUCGGGUCGGCCCGACCCGCUUUUGUAAUCGCCUUGGAUUCCGUCGAUUAUGCUGCCGAAGGCGAAGAACGUUGUGACGGAUGUUAUACAGAUCGAUAGCGACGACGAAGAUGACGGAGGAGGUUCCGCCGUGUUACCGAGUCGGACACCGGCUCCGACCACGGCGUGUACGGACCAACGUGGAGUUUCCGGUGCGAUUCAUCCGCCUGUCUCUCCCCGGGAAUCCCUAGAAUGCCGGAGCUUCUGGAAGGCCGGAGAUUACUGUGUGGCUGCCACCUCUACCGCCCCCGCCGCCGCCGGUUUGCUGGAGCAUGCUCGUGUUCAUCCCAAGUUUCUCCAUUCGAAUGCUACUUCACACAAAUGGGCUUUUGGAGCAAUUGCUGAGCUACUGGAUAAUGCGGUUGACGAGAUACAAAAUGGUGCCACCUUCAUCAAAGUUGAUAAGAUCGAUAUCGCCAAAGACAAUUCUCCAGCUUUAGUUUUUCUAGAUGAUGGUGGCGGGAUGGAUCCUGACGGGAUCAGAAAAUGUAUGAGUUUAGGUUACUCCUCGAAGAAAUCCAAUACAACGAUCGGGCAGUAUGGUAAUGGCUUCAAGACAAGUACCAUGAGACUUGGGGCUGAUGUCAUCGUUUUCAGUCGUGCAACUCGUGGAGGCAAGUGCACCCAGAGUAUCGGUCUCCUGUCUUACACAUAUCUGAGGAAAACAGGACAGGAUGAUGUGAUUGUUCCUAUGAUUGAUUUUGAUAUUUCCAACAAUUGGCCAGAACCAAUUAUCUAUGGAUCUAAGGAAGAUUGGUCUUCCGACCUUGAAACUCUUCUUAAGUGGUCUCCCUUUUCGUCAAAGGACGAGCUCAUGCAGCAGUUUGAGGACAUCGGUACCCAUGGAACAAAAGUAAUAAUAUACAACUUGUGGCUUAAUGAUGAAGGAAUUUACGAGUUGAGUUUUGAUGAUGAUGAUGAGGAUAUCGGACUCAGAGAUGAAGCCAAUCAAGACGUGAAAAGGCUGCACAUAAAAAUCGCGGAGCUGAGAUCUCAUAUUUCAUACCGCUUACGUUACUCUCUGAGGGCUUAUGCUUCAAUGUUGUAUCUGAAAAAGUUCGGAAACUUCAAAAUCAUUCUACGAGGCAAACCCGUAGAGCAGUUUAAUAUCGCUGAUGAACUCGGAUAUCGUGAAACUGUAUUUUACAAGCCCCAUAUGGCUUCUGUAGGACAGGUUGCAUCUGAAGUUACGAUUGGAUUCAUAAAGGAGGCACCUAAACUUUCAGUUUGUGGUUUCAAUGUCUAUCACAAAAACCGCCUCAUCCGGCCCUUCUGGAAAGUAACUCCGGAUGGUUCUUCGAGAGGGAAUGGAGUUGUCGGAGUUCUUGAAGCAAAUUUCAUAGAACCAGCUCAUGAUAAGCAGGACUUUGAGAGGUCUUCCUUGUAUCUCCGGCUUGAAGCCAAGUUGAAGAAAAUGCUAAUGGAUUACUGGCUUAGCCACUGCCACAUAUUUGGAUACCAGACACCUCAGAUGAGUGCGGAUAAAUCAAAGAGGAAACCGAAUGCUCAACCUCCUGCCAGAAAUAUGGAAGCUUCGCCUAGCGGCAUGCACAGUUACGGUGGUCCUAUUGUACGGGAAAUUAAUCUGGCCGAAGCUACCAUUACUCGUCCCGUAACUAUGCCACCGCCACAUCUGAGAAGGCCUGCGGGUCGAAGUGAACCCCAAAUCGUGCAGCUUGAUCCGGAAUCUGCAACUCCUGUGUCUCGGGACAACUACGUUGCUGAGGAUGACCUUGUUAACAAGUCGGCACAUGAGAUAUGCCAAGAGAACAUACAGCUCUUCAUGAAGUGCGAGGAAUAUGCGAAGAAAGAGACCGAACUGGAAGAGUUGGUAAGGAAUCUGGAGAAGGAAUUGGAAGAAGCAAAAGGCAAAUGUGCACAGCUCGCUGUUCUUGUGGAGACAAAGAGGAAGGAGAAGACAAGCAGCAGCAACAAAGCUUCUUAAGUCUCUGCAACUUUGUUCACUUUACUUCAACCUUAAAUUCUGGAAUUUAAAAAAAAAAAAUCCUUAAAUAUCUGGUAUGCUCUGAAGAUCCUGAAAUUGGUUAAUAGAUUAAUACAUCAUCAUCUAAUUUUUUUCCUAGCAUGCAUUAUGCAUAUGCUUGUAUUGUGAGUCAAAGCACAUUGCAUAAAUAUACAUACAUGCACAUGUAUAUAUAUAUAUAUAUUUCAUUGGUAAGGAGUGGUCCUGAUGUUGUAAA